ACCCUCCGCUAUUCCGGUCAGCUGACCAAGAGUCAGUCUGCUGACUGUCAAACCCUCCAAGUCUGCACUGAUACUGGGAGACUACCGUCACCGGGCCGAACCCUGCUCUGGCCAUGUUAUCGGAGCUCCUUUCUCGGGCAGCCACCUGACACCCUCCGCUGUGAUCCGGAAGUGCAACGGUUAGCCUAAACACGCCAAAGUCGCGGAAACAGCCGGAUUCUCCCUGUCUUCCGUGACCGCUCAUCUGGUCGUCUCCAUCCCGAGCCCGUGUGACUCCAGCCGGCCCACCUCCCAGGCAGCUUCCGCUGACAGCCAUGGCCCUGCUGGACCUCGCCAUGCAGGGCCUCGCCGUGUUCGGCUUCAUCCUGUUCUUCGUGCUGUGGCUCAUGCACUUCAUGUCCAUCAUCUAUGUACGUCUUCACCUCCACAAGAAAAGACCAGAGGUCAAACAGCCAUUCAUGCAGCUAGCUGGAGUUUCUCUGCUGAAGCCACUAAAAGGAGUUGACCCGAACCUGAUCUCCAACCUGGAGACAUUCUUUACACUGGAUUACCCAAAGUUUGAAAUCCUGCUGUGCAUUCAGGAUCAAGACGAUCCAGCUGUUGACGUCUGCAAAAAGUUGUUGGGAAAAUACCCGAAUGUAGACGCUCGAUUAUUCAUUGGAGGGAAGAAAGUUGGAAUUAACCCCAAGAUCAAUAACUUGAUGCCGGGCUACGAAGGAGCUAAAUAUGGCCUGGUGUGGAUCUGUGACAGUGGCAUCAGAGUGAAACCGGACACCCUGACAGAUAUGACUAAUCAGAUGACAGAGAAGGUGGGACUGGUACAUGGGUUACCGUACGUUGCCGACCGCCAAGGUUUCGCUGCCACACUGGAACAGGUGUACUUUGGGACAUCCCACCCCCGCUCAUACAUCUCGGCUAAUGUGACUGGGAUAAAGUGCGUGACGGGUAUGUCAUGUCUGAUGAGGAAGGAUGUUCUGGAUCAGGCCGGCGGAUUGGUCGCCUUCGCCCAGUACAUUGCUGAGGAUUACUUCAUGGCUAAAGCUAUUGCUGACAGAGGCUGGAAAUUCUCCAUGGCGACACAGGUGGCGCUGCAGAAUUCUGGAUCUUACUCCAUUGGCCAGUUCCAGUCCCGCAUGAUCAGGUGGACGAAGUUGAGGAUCAACAUGCUUCCCGGCACCGUGCUUGAGCCUGUUUCCGAAUGCUUCCUCGCCAGUCUCAUCAUCGGCUGGGCCGCUCAUUACGUGUUCAGGUACACAGUUGACCACACAGGGAUGAGAUCAUUGGUUGACUGGGCUGUGACUGAUUAUUGGUUGAUGACAUCACCACAGGGCGGCCCUCUGUGCUUCUCGAAGCUCGACUUUGCAGUCGCCUGGUUCAUCAGGGAGUCGAUGGCGGUGCAGAUCUUCCUGUCGGCUCUGUGGGACCCAACCAUCAGCUGGAGGACUGGACGCUACCGGCUACGUUGCGGAGGCACCGCUGAGGAGAUCCUCGAUGUCUAGUUACCUCGGUGACGGACCUCAUCUGCCCCUCCACCCUCACCUCCUCAUUACAGCGAGGAGAGGAAGAGACUGAUGUUUGUUUUUGUUUUUCUCUUUUUUUAUGAGGGAAAAACUGAAGAGUGUGCAUGUGUGCGUGUGCACAUGAGCGUGCGUGUGUGUGUGCGUGUUUUAACUAUUUAUCUUUCUUUUGGUGCUAAAAGCUGAAAGACGCCAGAACAAGCCAAUGAGAGAGCAGGAAGCAAGGAAAUAUGUGAGCGACACAUGCACUGAAUCAUCUGGUCUCUGAUCAGAGCAAGAAAACAGGAAGACCGUGAGCCAAUCAGGACAGAGGACUACACAAUACUCCCACCUGAUUGGCUGAUAUUAUUUUGCAUGGAAGGUAUUGACGGGCAUAAAAUAGGCAUGAACGAGAGCAGACGUUUUACUCUGAAAGUCCUCUGUGCUGUCAGAUAUUUAAAAAACUACUUAAUUUGAGACUGCAGCACAAACUUGAAUGUGACAUUCGUCACAUUCACAUAUCAGAAGAACAAGAGUCAGCUUUCACUGUUUUUCUAUUGCAAAGUCUUCUCUUCUUCGGUGGUUUUUGAAAAGCUGGAGCUGGAGGACUGUGCUGUUUUCAGAGUAAAAUAUCUGAAACCUUCUGAUUAUCACGACUUUUAUCCGUUUCCAUUGUUUUACAAAAGUAAACAAAAAAAACAAAACCUUUUGGAUAAAAGAGGAAAAUCUGUCCUGGGUGGUUCUGACUGGAUGAGCUGAAGUCGUCCAGUUCUGGUUCUGGAGUCAUAAAGAGACUUCAGCUGAAACUAAUCUUCAGCUCCGGAAUCAUCUUUACGUGAAAGGUGAAUUAUAUUCAGCUUCUGAGCCUUGUGAGUCACUACAGGAAAGCAGCUGCUUGGUUUUUGCUUUGGUCCAUAAAAUCUGUGCAGCUUUAGGAUAAACAUAAAAAAAAAAUGCAAAGAUGAGCAGCUGAAGGACUUGAGGCCGCUGACUGUCGUUUGGGGAAAAAAAUGAAGUGAACAAUGAACAAGUGAAGUUUUCUCUUAAUUCAUCAUUAAGUUAUUUGAAAAACAAAAUCCUUGUAAUGAAAUGAAGUCGUCAGAAUGUCAUUAUUUUGUCAUUGUGAAGGUGCAAAGGUACGGAAACGUGACGACAUUAUUGUCACAAAAUCAACAAGUUCAAUCAUCAGUUCAGCUGCAAAACCCAUAAACGGUAAAAUACUCUUUAGUCCGAUGUGAGAUGCACAUCAUUAUUAAAAAUAAAAAUAAAUUAAAUAUUUCUUUGCCAUUUCAUUUUAAAUUGUUAAAACAACACGAGUAUAAAAUUGAUCUAAAUUUUAAACUGAAAAGAUUAGAAAACUUCUAAAGGGAUUGUUGUCUUCUUGAGUAAAAUCCAGAAACAAAAAAAAUUACAGCGGGAAAAGAGUUGUCUUAAUUAAAAAACUAAAUUACCAAAUGAGACAAUAACUUUUCUGGGAGCUCAAAUGUAUUUUUCUCCCCUGAUUUAAUCUCUGACCCUGGAAAACACUUGGGAAUCUAGCACUGAAUGAAUUCCAGUAUUUUUUGUAAGGAACGGUUGUAGCAUUUCAAGAAUUUCUCUUAAUGUAAAAAAAAAAAAAAAAAGAAAAAGGACCAAAAAUCCACAUUUCUGAAGUUUUCAGUCUGAACACUGUGUAUGUGUGUGAGGAUGUGAGAGAAAAAGUGUUUCUUUAAGCUCAAUGUUAGCGUUUAGCUGUUACCGUAGCCACUUGCGGUUUGGUUGAUGACAUCACUCUGUCGGAUGAACCCUCGUGGCCAGUCAGAUGAAUCAUGUUUGUUUAUUGUUGUUGUUGUUGUUUAUUUUUUCUAAAGACUUAUCUAAUGUGGAACAGACCAAUCACAGUUCACAACUGUGUCACGAUAGGAACAAUAAAGUUUUAUCUCAACCUAAAA